GCCGCUCGGACCGAACUCGGCUGUCGUCAGCAGACCUGGGUUAAUCAGUGCUCGUUAAGGCUCGUUCUGUGCUCGGUACGGUCCCGCCAUGCGUCCUCUCGUCCUACUCGGUCUGGCCGCGGCUCUGCAGGUCGCCUACGCCGGCAUUGGCUACAACGUGCUUUACCAGUGGUCCGAAAAAAUACACGAGCAGGGACCUAAUGUGUGCGCCGUGGAGGAGGUCUCCGGCACGAAGAAACAGUACUGGACAAACUGCAGGACGUUUUGGAACCGCCAGAUUUGCGAGAGACAGACGAUUAUUCGUUAUGAGUGCUGCACUGGAUACGGGCAGAUUCCCGGAGAAAAGGGCUGCACAACAGAACUUCCUCUGAAGAACAUCCCCGCGACCCUGGAGGAUACCGGAGCAGACACCAUGCUGCUCUACACCACCCGGGCCGGACUCACGGACCAGCUGGAGAACGAGGGAGCCUUCACCGUCUUCGCACCCAGCAACGAGGCUUGGGCCGAGCUGCCGCAGGAAGUUAUUGACGCCCUUGUGUCGAACGUGAACGUGGAGUUGCGUAACGCUCUGCUGUACCACAUGGCGGAGGGCGUGGAGGAGAUCAAGGACUUCUCCAACGACCGGAUGCUGAGGACCCUGUACCGGAACUCCCCCAUGCGCAUCAACAACUACGGAGACAGCAUUUACACCGUGAACUGCGGGCGCAUCCUGCGGCCGAACCAGCGGGCCACUAACGGCAUCGUGCACAUCAUCGACAAGGUGGUCACCCCCACCACUGGUACCAUCGACGACUUCGUCAGCAACAACGACCGCUUCGCUACCCUCAGGACUGCCAUCACAGCCGCCGGCCUGUCGGAGAUGAUCCAGGGAGAGGGUCCCUUCACUCUGUUCGCUCCCACCAACGAAGCCUUCAACAAGAUCCCUCCGGAAACUCUCAACAGGAUCCUGGGAGAUGCCGACUCUCUCGACGCCCUGCUGAAGUACCACAUCCUGGACUCCGGGUUCUGCUCCGCUUUCAUCACCAGGAGGCACAAACUCCGCACCAUGGAGGGGUCAAGGGUCAACGUGUCCUGCGGCCGCGGAGAGGUCGGUGACGAGUUCCGCGUGAACCAGGAAGUGAAGAUCGUGGAGUCUGACAUCGUCACUGAUAACGGCAUCAUCCACGUCAUCGACUCCGUCCUCAUACCAAACGCAGCUAAGAACGUUGCUGAGAUGUCGCAGAGCGUGGCUCCACCAGCGAUUAACGAGUACCUCUCCUCCUCCGGCAUCAUCGACGAGAUGGCCGAGGGCGGGCCAUGGACCAUCCUGGCGCCCACUGACCAGGCCUUCGAAGCCCUGCCUGCGGACGUGCAGAGCAGACUGGCCACCGACACGGCGUUCCAGAAGGAGAUCAUCGGCAGGCACAUCGUGGAGGGGCAGCUCACCGGCCGCAAGCUCAUCCAGGGCCAGGACCUCAGGGCCAUCGACGGGGACACCACCCUGCGUACCUCGCUCUACAGGAAGACCUUCUGCAUCGAUAACGCCUGUGCCUACAAGGGCGACCACGAGGCGAACAACGGAGCCGUGAUCCUGAUCGACAGAGUGCUGAUGCCGGCAGAGGGCAGCCUCUGGGACCUCAUCGACAAGGACGGCAGCUUCAGCACCCUGAAGACGGCCAUCCAGACCGCCGGUCUCGUCGAUGUCUUCAAGAACCCGGCCGUGUUCACCGUCUUCGCUCCGACCAACGAGGCGUUCGAGAACCUCCCCGCGGGCGCGCUGGACGAGCUGCUCGCCAACUCCGAGGACCUGGCCAACCUGCUGCAGUACCACGUCAUCGGCCAGAUGUGGCACCGCAAGGCCAUGCGGCCCAACAUCAAGUACCGGCUGCCGUCCGUACAGGGAGAGAAGCUUGAGCUGGUUCGCGCCAAGGACGAGGAGAGUAACGAGUACGUGGUGACGAUCAACGGCAAGGCGAAGAUCACGCAGGGCGAGACGCUGGCGUCCAACGGGCUGCUGCACGUCAUCGACCAGGUGCUGGUGCCGGGACAGAAGGGCAGGAACGGCGCCGCAGGAGCCGGGGAAGGAGAGGGCAACAACCUGAUCAGUGUGAUUAACGGUGCUGGUGAGACCGUGGAGGGCGGCGCCGGUGGCGAAGGCAGUGUGAGCGUGGGAGGAGGAGGCGGCGGCGAGGGCGGCAGCGUGAUCGUUGGCGGCGGGGAGGGCGCCAGUAACGUGGUGACGGGAGACGGUGGUCCUAGGGUCAUCAAGGUCACCAGCAGAGUCACCCUGCCCGGCUCCGGACCCUCCAUCUGGGACAGUAUCGACCAGGACGCCGACUUCAGUAUCCUGAAGUCCGCGAUCUCCACUGCUCAGCUGGAGGAGAUGUUGGACAGGCCCGGGACCUACACCUUCUUCGCGCCCACAGACCGCGCCUUCAACGCGCUGCCUGAGAACGCACUGCCCAACCUGCUGGCCAACCCGGAACAGCUCUCCGAGAUCCUGGAGUACCACGUGGUUGAAAACGUCCUGAACAGCAAGGCUGUGUCUCCAGGCGUGGCCAUCCCCCUGGCAACCCUGCAGGGCGGCCAGGUGACGGUCCGGAACGUGAACGGCGUGGUGACCGUGAACUCCGCCACCGUCGAGCGCGCCGACCUCAUCAACACCAACGGCAUCAUCCACGUCAUCGACAAGGUCCUCAUCCCCUAGUCCUCUCGCGAGAUCGCGCGAGGUUCUCGCGAGACCCUCCUGGUCAGGUGACGUUCUGACGAGUCACCGACGAGAUUCCGCGAGAAAGAGUCCCUUGUUCCGUGUUAGUAUCUAGCAUAGCGAACCUUGUUAGGUUGUUAUUGUAAUUUCAUACAUACACGUCUUUGCUCAUUGUACGUUUAACGGAUAUAAAAAUGAAUAGGAAUUUGUCUUAAGAGUAUACAAGAAGUAAAGAAUGAUUAAGAUUCGAUUUUUUAAGUGCAACAUUAUACCUGUUAUCUCCGUUGGACCAAAGUAUGAUUAAAUGGUGCUAUAUUGAUAAAAAGAAACAUUCUAUGCCGUCUCUAACAGUUCUAUAUUUUACCGGACUUAAUAAAUAAACAGUUAUUACGAUC